UCUUCUUUCUUAGGAAAAUUACAUCUCAGAUCCAACUAUCUUGUGGAGGGCUUACCCACAUAACCUGAUGACAUUUCAAAUGAAGUUUUUCUACAUCUCCCAAUUGGCUUACUGGCUACAUGCGUUCCCUGAACUCUACUUCCAGAAAACCAAAAAAGAAGAUAUACCACGUCAGCUUGUCUACAUUGGCCUUUACCUCUUUCACAUUGCUGGAGCUUAUCUUUUGAACUUGAAUCAUCUAGGACUUGUUCUUCUGGUGCUGCAUUAUUUUGUUGAAUUUCUUUUCCACAUUUCUCGCCUAUUUUAUUUCAGUGAUGAAAAGUAUCAGAAAGGAUUUUCCCUCUGGGCAGUUCUUUUUGUUUUGGGAAGACUUCUGACCUUAAUUCUUUCAGUACUCACCGUUGGGUUUGGCCUUGCAAGAGCAGAGAAUCAGAAGCUGGAUUUCAGUACUGGAAACUUCAAUGUGCUGGCUGUUAGAAUUGCUGUGUUGGCAUCCAUUUGUAUUACUCAAGCAUUCAUGAUGUGGAAGUUCAUUAACUUUCAGCUUCGGAGGUGGAGAGAACACUCGACUUUCCAGGCACCGCCUGUGAAGAAGAAACCAGCAGUAACCAAAGGCAGGUCUUCUAGAAAAGGAGCAGAAAAUGGUGUAAAUGGAACAGUAACAUCAAAUGGAGCAGAUUCUCCUCGUAAUAGAAAAGAGAAGUCUUCAUAAUAAAUUACAAGCUAACUGAUUGAUGUCCCCAAAGAAAUCUGCUUUUUACUCUAUAUUUCAGCACUAGAGAUUUUUUUCUGUUCUUCAAAAUACAGUUUGUGCUCUUUGAUUCUUGCUAUUUUACUGUUUCAUGCAUUUGAGGGGAGGAUGAUUACUAUGAGUGAAAAAAUAUGUUAGCUUAGACUAAGCUACCUGCCUUCAGAAUAGUUUAGGGACCACCACAUAUUUUCUUUUUGUUUUUUAUCUUUGAACAUUUUUCUAAUGUCUUGGGGAGACACCUAUUUACAAAACCCCCACAUACUAGUGAUAAACUCUCCUCUCACCAGUUUUUAGUGUUUUUUUUUUUUUAACUAAUUUUAGCAAGGUGACCUGUUCCAGCAGGGUCAGGUUUUUUAAGUUAUCUUUCAGGGUAAAAUGAAAAUACUAUAAAAUCAGAUGUCAAACUUUAAUAUGUUUUCAGUGUUCUCUAAUUUUUAGGAAUUUUUGUAGCCUUUGCACCUGGAAAAAAGGAUUUAUAAAAUCACCAAAAUAAUUGUGUGCUUUAUUUUGUAUGUAGUGGUUGUGAGUGUUAGCUCCCCAUCUAAAGAGAACAUAGUAAUGGUUACAGAUGUGAAGAUUUAUUGCCAUAUGUAUCGAAUCAAAAUAUCUUAUUAACAUAAAAGUGCUUGUGAAGUAACUCUUUCUUGUGCAUUUUCAACACUUGUAAAUGGGCAAUCAGAAAAUGUUUACUAUGAAGAGCCCUUUUUGAUAUGUUUAUUAAUAAUGAUUCUUAAUGGGGCUUGUCAUAAGUUUGAUAUGCAUAGCAUCUUAGAAAAAUAUUGUUUAGCCUGCAAACCCUUUUAAAAAAUAAUGCCUACUUGAUUUAUAUCUAUAAAAGAUGUCAGGUAAUUCUGUUUGGAAAACUAAUGCACUAACUUUAAGGAAAUUGCAAAUUCAGGUGGAAAGUCUUACAAAAGAGAGUGCUUUAUGUCAUACCUAUAGCUUUGGUCCCAUCUUUAAUUGAGAAACAUUUAUCUGUAUAAAACAUAUUUUUGGAUAAAUAUAUAUAUAUUUGUAUCUCUACAGAAAGGCUCUAAAAAGCAUUUGAGUAAAAUAUUUGGUUCCCUUUUCUAUAAUUACCCUUUAAAACCCUCAUAGAUAUAUAUCUGGUUUGUUUGUUGUCUUUCCAUUAGUGCUCCCUUGGGUGUCCGCAUCGUGUUCCUCUCUUCCCACUUUUGUCACCAGCUAAUGAAUGUCUGCGCCACUUUCCAUGUAAGAGUUGCAGACCUGCAAGGUCUAUGGUUUAAGUUGCAAUGCUGCUAGAAAGUUGUGCUUUCUCUUUCCAGCUGUUUACCUACUCCCUGGGAAAAGUAGUAGCUCUCUGUAGCAUUAUGGACUUUCAGUGGAACCAAAUUUUUGCCAUUAAAAACUGGCAUUAUAUUGAACUAUACAUUGAGAAAUCAAUCAGAAAUAAAAAUUUUUACUUUCACAAGCUG